AUGGACUUGGAACUCAUAGAUGAUAUAGCAGGAUCCGACAUGUUUCCCUUUUUCCACAUGAGUAAGCGUGAUGAGAACAACAACGCGUAUUUGUGGGGAUGGGCCCACGAAGAAGGUGUUGUUGAUACUGACAUGCUUACCAAAAGCUCACUUGGUGAAUCAACUAAGAAAGUUAUCAACAGUUGUGACAUGAUGUUCAUCCGCUCGUCUAUUGCAUUCACCAUGUACUCUGUCGUGUUCAUGGCGGUAAGCUCGAUGGCAACGCUGUUCAUUGUACCUUUACUCCUCGUCUCAACCGUCGCCUCUGCGCUCGUAGUGUUCUUCAACGGCGUGAGCUAUGCAUCGUUCAAGUUGGCGGCGGCCAAGUACAGCCGCUCUGUGCUGUUUUUGAACAGACUACUUCGUAGAAUCGCCGAUAACAUCCCACCAUCGGUUGGAGUCGUUGAAGUACAAGCAGAGAAUGGAGACUCUAACGUUAGGAGACGACUGUCCUGUGUAUGGACAAAGUUGAUGAGAUCCACUGGUGUGGGUGCAGCAGAGGAGCGUCACGUUACAGAAGUUGGUGAGCACAUGCCUGUUCCUGAUACUGAGCCAAAUAUCUUGGGGCCAGAUGCACCAGUCAUCUACGAUGAAGAUCCGCUCACUGGAAGUAUCGUGACGGGAAUCGAUGCUGAACAAAAGGGUACUGAAGCUGUCCUACAACAUGUUGUUGACCCAUUGAAUAAUGGAAACGAACACAGCUUAUAA